AUGUCAACAGCCUCCUACAACCACAACCACAACCACAACCAUACUAACCAUAUCUCCAGUUCCCGGUCGGAAACAAAAAGAUGUCUCAGUCUCAGCCAACAACAACCUUCGAAUUCCCACCAACCUACUCCUUCCCCCGUUCUUCACCCCCAACCCAACAGUACAACCCGCCUCUCCCAGCUCCAGAAAUGGUCCUCGCUCAUCCAAUCCUGGUGCCGCCAUCAUCGCAUCUACCGCCUCUCCCUAAUUGAAGCAAUUGAGAGCCCGCUCUUCCACAACGCUGCGCUGCGGAAACGGUUGAGUCUGAGUGAGGCAAGGGCCGUGCUGGACUGGAUGGCUAAGCCUGAAGAGGAAGGGGUGGUGGACGGCGGGCGGAAUGGAUCGAUGGGGGAGAGACCUGAGGAGUGGGCGGGGAUUGUGGCCGAUUGGGUGGAAGCGACAGGGCAGAAGAAUGUUGUCUUGACGGUGUACGAGCUGCUGGAGGGAGAGGCUACGAUGUCGCAAGAAUGGCAUGGGAUGGAUGCAGACGUGAUGCUUAAGUCUCUGAACGUUCUUGUAAAACGCGGCAAGGCCCAGGUGUUCGGCAGCGAAGGCCAGGAAGGUGUCAAGUUUUUCUGA